CAGGUGGAGACGACCAGUCACGGCACGAUGGUGCCGGCCGACCCGGGCACCCUGGUGCCGGGCGACGCCGGCACGCUCGUGGAGCGCGACGUCGCUGACGGCACCCUCGUCUCCGUCACAUCCAGUCUCAACACCAUGCACAUCAACUCGGACCCAGAGGAGGACGAGUCCACAAUGAAACGUCACGACACGGGCGACGGCAGCCCCAAGUACCGGCCGCUCUUCCUGGACCACUUCGACAAGAAGGAGGCCGAGCAGCGGUUUCAGCCCGGUCAGGUGCCGUCGCUGGCCUCUCGGCUGCCGGGAGCCGGCCCGUUUCCCGCUGGCCCGUCCGGCCCCGCCCCCGUCCAGCAGAUAUUCGUCCCGCCGCCGCCUCUGCCCGACCUGGCGCCCAAGCUGGGGCGCAACCAGUUCAUGGACACCUCGUUCGAGUUUAUCCGUUUUAUGAGCUACGACCAGCUGCAGACGCGCAUGAACAGUCUCGACUCCGAGAUGGAGCGCGAGAUAGACGACCUGCGGCGCCGGUACAUGGCCAAGCGCCAGCCAAUCCUCGACGCCAUGGACACCAAGCGCAAGCGGCAGCAAAAUAGUCAAAACUUUUAGCGGGCCUGCGCCGGCGCGUGCUAGCGAGACUGCAGAGCGGGCCGAGUGCGGCGGUCCCGCCUGUGCCAUAGCGGCCCGCCGGCGCCGGCGGCCGCCGGGACGGGCAUUACCUGCGCGGCGGGACCGUACUUAGCCGGCCGCCCAGGAGCGCGCGCGAGAUCUCCGUCGCGCCGCCCGCGCGCCGUGUUGUGCGCGGCUUCUUGCGGUCGAUCCGGGUCUGAGGCGCUGACUGUGUUCGGGUGUUUUAGCGAGUGUGGAGUGGAGCGUUUUACCGCGUACUGCCGCCCCUAGUGCAAAUGAGUGUGUCGGUGUGCCGCGGUGCAGCGACUGGCGGUGUCAGCGGGCCGCGUGUUUAACCUAUCAUGAGCGUUUUAUACAACCGCAGGUCAAUACACUAACAUCAAAUACUC